UCUUCCCCAGAGAAUAAAAAAAAGGCCCCCUUCUUCUCGUGUCCUUCGGCCAGCUUCUUCUAGGGUUCCGGCGAGUUUUUGUUCUAGGGUUUGGUCGCGAGUGCAUGGCAGUGAGCCUGCUGCAGUUUCAUGAGGUGUCGGACCUCUGCAUCGGGAAGCCGGCGGUGAAAUCUCUGCCGCCGUCCGCCACAAUCAGAGAGGCCCUCCUCGCCCUCAAGAGAGGCGAAGAGAGUUUUGUCAGCGUGUGGGUCGCUGACCGGGCGUCGCCGGAGAAGAAGGCGUGCGCCGGCAAGGUCUGCAUGGUGGAUGUCCUCUGCUACCUCUGCUCCGAGGAGAACAUCUCCUCCCCCGCAGCCGCCCUCGGCGCCCCUGUCUCUGCCCUCCUCCCCACCAAGGACUCCUCCCUCGUCCGCCGCGUCGAGCCGCAUUCCAGCGUAUUGGAAGCCCUAGACGUGGUCUUAGACGGAGCGCAGAACCUGGUGGUCCCCAUCCGCUCCGGCGCCGGACGGAAGAAGCUCCCCGGCGGCGGCGGAGUGGCGGACUUCUGCUGGCUGACGCAGGAGGACUUCGUCCGCUUCUUCCUCAACUCGAUCGCCCUCUUCUCCCCAGUGCCGGCACUCUCCGUCUCAGAUCUCGACAUCGUCCGCCCUGCCGCACUCGCCAUCCGCCCCCACGACCCCGCCCUCACUGCGCUUCCCGUCAUCCGCCGCGCCCUCGCCGACCAGACCUCCGUCGCCGUCGUCACCGACGACGGCAAGCUCAUAGGCGAGAUCUCCCCCUCCACACUUGCCCACUGCGACGAAGGCGCUGCCGCCGCGCUCGCCGCCCUCUCUGCCGUUGACCUCAUGUCCUGGAUCGACUGGUCCGGCGCCCCGCCGGAGUCCGCCGUCCGGGCCGUCAAGGCCCAGCUGAGGGAGAAGGGCAUGGCGGGGAUGAUCGAGCUCCUCGAGGCCGACCUCUCGCCGCCCUUCUCAUCCUCCUCCUCCUCCUCCACCUCUUCGUCCUCGUCAUCCUCCGACGAGGAGUCCAGCCUGGCGGCGGAGCGGCGGCCGCGGAGGCUUCGGUCGGCGGGGAGCUACUCGGCGAGGAUGGGUCGGCGGUCGGAGGAGGCGAUCGUGUGCCACCCGGGGAGCUCGCUGAUGGCGGUCAUGAUCCAGGCGCUGGCCCACCGUGUCAGCUACGUCUGGGUGGUCGACGACGACUACGGCCUCGUUGGCAUCGUCGCGCUACCGGACAUACUCAGUGUCUUUUGGGAACUGUUGCAACAGCCUUUUGAGAGAGAGUAGCUGGUCGUGGAGAGAGAGAGAGAGGAGAGGAGCGUCUUGUACCGCGUUUGUGUACACUUGUGAAUAUUCCACCUGACUCGUCCGUGUCUUUUAUUUUCUCCUUCACGUGGAGGGAACGAGGAGCCAAAAAAGCAGCAUCAUAUGUUUUGUCUGUCAAGUCCUUGUUGUUAAUGUUGUUGCCAUGGAUAUAUGGUUGCUAAAAUGUUCGAAGCUACGUGUUGUGAUGUUGGGGGGUCGGUUGUGUGAGAGUGGGUGUGUGUUGGCACUUGGCAGAGCGACGGAUAUUUGUUCGACUUGGAUGGAUGGCUAAGAUGAGUAAAGAUGGGUUGACACAGCUGGUGUCACUACCAAAGCUGCUCUGGCCAGCCUGGGGGAAAGGAGUGGAGAGAUCUGUCCGUGUGCCUCGGAAGGAGUCGUCUUUGAGGUUGGAACAGUACGUUGGCAAGAAUGCCCGGGCGUUUGAGAUAUCUGAUCAUCGGAACUGAAGAACCGGAAGACAUACAGGUGGGUUCGAGCGGCUUGGGAAAUGCUGUUCGAGAGGCAGAGUGGCAGGGGUGAAUGCAGACUGGGCAUUUACAGCUCCCUUGCCUCUUUAUAGGAUGGUAACUUGCUUAGAUUUUUCUUCCACGUGCCAACUUUAAACGUGUGGCAGUUGUAUAUAAGAUGAAAUUCUCAGAACUUCCGAGCUUUGUGAAACCAGCUCGGCCCUCUUGACAUUUUGAUCUCAAAAUUGCCU